AUGGAACAAUACACUAAACUUGCAAGGGACGAUGAAGAAGUUUGGGCUGAUGCCAGUCAAUAUCGUAGGCUAGUAGGUAGACUUUUAUACCUACAAGCAACUAGACCCGACAUCACCUACUCAGUCAACGUUCUUAGUCAAUUUGUGGCGGAUCCACGAGCAAAUGAUAUGGAAGCAGUGAUGAGAGUUUUGCGGUACUUGAAGGCCACCCUGGGUCAAGGAAUACUUCUCUCCAAAGAAGGGGGAACAAAUCUUGUAGGAUAUACCGACUCAGACUGGCUCGGUUGCCCAGAUACAAGAAGAUUGAGAAGCGGUUACCUACUACUCUUGGGUGGAUCUCCAAUCUCGUGGAAAUCAAAGAAGCAGCCCGUCAUAUCACGGUCCUCGGCCAAAGCAGAAUACAGAGCCAUGGCAACAACUGUUAGUGAAUUCCUUUGGUUGCGGUGGCUUCUAAUGGAACUUAAAGUUGAACAAGAUGUGGCAUUCAGACCAGCUAAAGGCAAAGAGAACAUGUUAGAUGACAAGCUAUAG